ACAUACCGGCGUGCAACGCGUCAAAAAAACAGAAGAAGAAGAACACACCGGCGUGACCUGCACCGAGUGUCUUCGCUUUUGGAUGAUUUAUUUUGAGAAGUUACAACAAACAUGGUUAUUACCUGCAUAGCAAAAGGUUGUGAGAACAAGCAAAGGACAUACACGAAUGUAAUGUUUCACAGAAUUCCAUCUAAUGUGGAACUGAGAAAUAAAUGGCUAGCAGCUCUGGAGAUCUGUAGUUCAACGCCUCUCAACAAAAUAAAGCAGUAUCGUGUUUGCGAAGAACAUUUUGCACCAGAGGACUACUUUGAAAAAAUGGAAUAUGGGUCCAGAAAGACGGUACUACGUCUGAAAGAUACGGCAGUCCCAUCUAUUUUCAAAGCACAGGAAGAACAAAGUGCACAUACAACAUCUCAGCAGGGUGCGAGUUCCCAAGAGCUCCCCACUACAUCUACACUUCAUGAAGUUAGAUGUCAGUCAGACCCUAUAGAGACCGAAACUGUAGCCACAGAGAUAAAGCCAAAGAUGCGAUCAGUGGGCACACAACUUUCAAUGGGUACAUUGAGCAGUUUCCACUUAAGGAGCAAAGGCAUUCAGGCAACAUAUUAUGGUCAUGAUGUGGGCACCCAAACAACUGACAUGUUUCCUGAUGUGCAGCUGUCUUCAACACCAGUAAGGGGCUCAGUCUUCAGGCCCAGUAAGAGACCUCGUCUGGUGUUAGAUGAGGAAGAAGAAUCAGAAUUAAAUGUCGAACCCACUGAUUCCACAUAUAACCCAGAUUCUGUUGUCACUGAAGAAUCAGAAUUGGCGAUAGAUCCACAGCCCGACCACAGCGAUAACAAAUACAUUGUUUUUGAAAGCUGUCUUCGAGAGCUGUUUGUGUCCUGUCCAAUUUGUAAGACAAAGUGUGUUGUCCAGAGCAGACGAAGGGGGACUUUUGUUGCAUUCACCCAGCUUUGUGAAAAGUGUAACUACUACAGACAGUGGCAGAGCCAGCCCAUUGUUGGGAGUACCCCACUUGGAAACCUGCUAUUGUCUGCUGCAACGUAUUUUACCGGUGGAUCUUUUAAACAACUAGAGAAGAUUUUCAAAGCCAUGAAGCUCCAGAUGAUGCAUUUCGUAACUUUUAGGAUUCAUGCCAGGAAUUUCAUUGAGCCUACCAUAAUACACCAGUGGAACCAAGAUCAACUGAAUCUUAUAAGACAGCUGCAAGAGGGAGGAAAUGUUGCUGUGGCUGGAGAUAUGCGUGCUGACACGCCAGGACACUCAGCAAAAUUUGGCAGCUACACCAUUAUGCACAUGGAAACCAACAAAAUUCUGGAUCUUCAUCUAGUUCAGAGCAAUGAGGUUGGUGGCAGUUAUCAUAUGGAAAAGGAGGGAUUGAAGCGUUGUCUUGAUAAGCUGGAGUCUCAUGGUUUAGCUGUUGACUACAUCGUCACCGAUCGCCAUCCGCAGAUUCAGAAGUACCUGAGGGACCGCAAUAUCACUCAGUUCUAUAACGUGUGGCACUUUGAGAAAGGUUUAUCUAAGAAACUUGACAAACUUUCAAAAAUGAAAGACUGCGAGGUGCUGAAAAAAUGGUUGCACAGCAUCAAAAACCAUGUUUACUGGAGUGCGAUUUCCUCUGAGUCUGGGCCAGAAAAGGUGGCGAAGUGGAAUUCACUGCAGAACCACAUACAAAAUGUACAUCUUCAUGAGAACCACCUCUUCCCCAAGUGUGAACACCCAGACAAAGUUUCCAGGGAUCCAAAAAAAUGGUUCCAACCAGGAUCAAUAGCGCUCCAUAAAGUGGAAAAGCUAUUAUACAACAAGAGAGUUCUCAAGGAUAUAGAAAAGCUCAGCCACAACUUUCAGACGUCAUCACUGGAGGCUUUCCACAGUCUGAUUUUGCGUUUUGCCCCAAAGAACGUGAUUUUCCCUUUCAUAGGAAUGUUGUGCAGGCUGUAUCUUGCAGCAAUGCACUAUAAUGAAAAUGCUAACCGUGAGCAAGCAACAACAACUGAAGGACAGGCUGUGUAUAAGUUCGUUUUUCCAAAGUCCAAAAAAGGGGAAUGCACAGCAAAGCCAGUGAAAAUAGAACCAACAUACAACUAUGUCGAUGACCUUAUGAGCCUUCUGUUACAUAAAGUCUUUGUGGACCCCAAGCCAUAUGCGGAAGAGCUGCAUGCAAUCCCCAUUCCACCUCCUCUGUCAUCACAGUAUGAAAAACCUUCCAAAGAAGAGGUGAUUGCCCAGCGUGUGUCACGAUUCAGGCGAGGGGUGGCCGGAACCCAACAUACUGUCCCGCUGGAUCAGGAAACUGUAGGCGGAUCCGGUUAACAACACAUGAGGGGAUGACAACCCUCACACUACGUCCUAGGUAGCCCCAGCACCAGCUGACAAAGCUGCGAUAGGCCAGAUAACGGAAGCGCCUAUGGCAGGAACAGAAAACCUCAAUAUUGUGUAUAAUACCAGUGGUAUAUUGGAAACAUGUAUAUCUGAUGUGAAAAUAUGUUUGAUAAAAAUUUAUAUUUUGAUUAAUUUUUGUCUUUGAAUAACAUGUC